AACGGACGGAGUACUACGAGUUAAAAAGACCGGGCGGCUGUCCACAAUAGUUUGGCCUUAUUCUCGCAGAGACACUUCUUCUUGAGCCUAAACAAGCAAUGCGAGUACGUUGUACGUAGGUGACUGCCGAAAGUCAUGAACGAACUAGAAAACGAGAACGUGAGACAUGGGCAGAUAUCCCCCCCUUGGCCAAGCGAGGUUUGAUGAGAUCCACUCGAGCUGAACAGCCUUCGUCAGGCAGGAUUUAGGUGAAGGUGGCGGCUUCACUGCCCUCAUGUUAGUUCAUUCGGAGAGAUGGCCAUGGAGAGCUGCCUCUUCAGAGCGGCCUUCAUGUACACGUUUUUCUCUCUGAAAACGACAAAAAAGUGGGAUUAGCCUUCAUAACACAAUACGAGGAUCCAAGGCGGACGGAAGAGACAUGGAGUGUGGGAAGGCACUCAUUUCUGGUGAUAAAUAUGUGAGCGAAGUGUUGUGAGGUGGGGAGAUUUUUUCUGCUGACUUGAAGGAUGGCUCUUUCUUUGUGGCUCUCGGAAUGGCUUGGACGAGGGGAAGUAACCAACCAUGUUGAAUCCAGAUGUGUCGUCGGGCUCGUUCAACUCCUAACGACAGAUUCACGACGGUAGACACUUCUCUGGCGACCCCGGGGAUAAAAAAAAGUCCGUAUUUCACUCCACCAUCAUCCGCCUGCUCAUGUAGAUUCGACCACUGCCUUUUGCCAUUGCCUUGCAUUUUGAAAAGGGGAGCAAAGUCUGGAUGUGAGCCGGAUUAAAACUAAUCCAUGGCCAACGCCUGCUCCCACUUGAUAUGGAUGUCCCCAAUAAUGGGAACCCACGCCAUCAUGACCACCUUCCUUCUCAGUACAACCGAUACUCAGAUUCUGACCUUCAAGGCCAUCAUCAACUCGCCCUCGCGCCCAGACUCUCGGGGGAGUGGUACGAGUUGGCCAACCUUUCUGGCGGCCCUCACCACCAACCACCUCCACCACCACCACCACCACCACCCCCGUUUCACACCCAUCCCUUGGGGCCUAAGACGCAUUGGCAAAAAUUUAAGGACCUUCUCCGGUCCGCUGUGGCCUUCACUUUCUCGAAUGUGGGCAUCAUAGUGCUAGUCAUUGGAUACCUCCUCAUGGGAGCUGCUGUCUUCGAGGAGAUCGAAGGUCCCGGUGAGGUCGGGAUCGAAUUUUUCGUGACCAGUUACCGGAAUGACACCGUCAAACGCUUGUGGGACAUCACCGAGAAAUACAACACACUUCACAAGCCGAACUGGACAUCUGAAGUAAAAGUGAUAGUGGACGAAUUCUACAACCAUAUCCUGGAGCAAGUGGGCGAAGGCUAUGCGGGAGCCGACAUCCCAGCUCCCAAGUGGACCUUCUCUGGCGCCCUCUUGUACUCGAUUACUGUGAUUACCACCAUAGGUUAUGGACACAUUGCCCCAUCGACCAUUGGUGGGAAGAUAUUUUCCAUGUUUUAUGCCAUUGUUGGCAUGCCCCUGUUCCUGCUCUACCUCUCCAAUAUCGGUAAUAUCUUUGCCACCAGCUUCAAAUGGACGUACUCGAGGUGCUGCCAAUUUCGGAAUCAACGGAAGACCCCCGCCAAUCGCCAUUAUCCCCCGUCUCACUCUCGGGCAUACAGUCGGGCCAAUUCUCAAGAUGAGGAAAUGCUCCGAAUGGAAUAUAUGUCCGAUGGACUCCAGUAUCAAUUCCACGAGGAAGACGAAGAGGAGGAGGAAGACGAGGAGGAGGAGGAGGAGGAGGAGGAGGAGGGAGGGAGAAGUGAGAGUGCCAGACCUGAGGACUCUUACAUAACUUUGAAGAGCAACUCUCGUGGGAGUGUCCGGUCAUCUCGACCAAGUGAUAGAAGUUCCUUGACUGGACGCGAUAUCGUGGUGAUUCCGGAUCGCCUUCAUGACGAAACCGGAUCCAUUGUGUCUCGGAACUACUCGAAUCGAAGUGUCAAAGACAGCCAAGAGGAGCUCUAUAUGGAGCAUUUCGAUAUGAUGGACAUGGAGAAGGAUCCCAAUGACCUUCACAACGUGACCGUGCCCAUUCUCUUGUCCAUCACCGUGAUGGUCUCGUACAUAGGUGGGGGUGCCGUUCUCUUCAGUGGUUGGGAAGGCUGGACCAUUCUCAACGGAUCCUACUUCUGCUUCAUUACUCUCAGUACGAUUGGUUUCGGUGAUUUUGUACCCGGAGCCUCGUUGGGCGAGGGCAACACCGAGUCCGGCCAAUCCGGCCUAAGCGGCCUGAUCAACCUGCAAUUCAUGUUCUGUUCCAUGUAUAUUCUAUUGGGAAUGGCAGUCAUCGCCAUGUGUUUCAAUUUGAUGCAAGAGAAAGUGGUGGUGGGCAUUACGUCCCUCGGCAAGAAGCUGGGCAUCAUCGACGAUGACUGA